AUGUUGAUUUUUCUGAUUUUGCCGCUCUUGUGGCUUGCAAGCACCGUUCUUUCGGCGCAAGUCACUGGGGUGUUCAAUGCGAUCAACAACAUUUCGCCUCCUGGUAGCAAGCAGCCCGAGAUACCUUCAUGGCAAGCUACUGUUGCAUGGAAAAUUGAUUCGUCCAAGGUUUCACCUGGCGAUACAUUUGCUUUGACGCUUCCUAAUGUGUUCAAGUUUACUUCCACAACUUCCACAAUUCUGUUGAAAGCAGGGUCUACCAAUUUUGCAACAUGUACUUUGACCCCAGGAGAAAACUUGCUUCCAUACUCCUUGAUUUCGUGUACGGCAUUGCCGGCGGUUGCAACUGUUGCACUGGCAGAUGGUACAAUCACUUUUCCCUUCACCUUCAACGCAGGAAUGACGUCUUCGGCAAUUGAUUUGGCCGCUGCUUCAGCGUGGACUGCUGGCCAAAACGUAGUAACUUUCAAGGAUGGAGCAGACCUCACCUACACUGUGACAAUGAAUGGGGGAGCAACAUAUUUGCAAGGUAAUGCUGCUCAGGGUUCUUAUGCGGUCAGAAAGUUGCCUCGUUUACAGAAAUAUCAGCACUAUUACCAGGGUCCAAAGUGUUCACUGACAACUUCCGGAUCUAUCAAAUUGUCACUGAACGGUCAAAUACAGUUCGAUUGUUCGAAAUCUGGCGCCUAUUUGUCCAACAAUUUCAACGCAUGGCAAUUCCCAACACAAGCUUUGACCACCGCAGGUACUAAUGGCUUCAUCACCGUCUCCUGUACUUCCACUUCUAUCACCGCGACUUUCACCAACAUGCCUGCUGGAUACAGACCAUACAUUGUUGGUAUUUCCGACGUUAUUACAGGUCAGUUCACCGAGACAUAUUCGAACAGUGGUGUUUGCAGCAACUCGCCAGUCACUCAGUCGAUCACAUAUUCUUCGUACAACGAUCUAGAUCCCAACGGAACUGGUAACUAUAAGGAGAUUGUGGUCACCACCAUCACUAGAGAUGACAUAAAUACUCCAACUCUCACCACUGUCACAGGCGUUUCAACCGAUACAAUUGAGGUCUUAGUUCCAAGAUCGGUAACCACAUAUACUACUACUUGGACCAACUCCUACACUUCGGCAUCGACUACAACUGAUGCAAGCGGUAUUAGAAUUGUGGAAGUUGAAGUUCCCCAACUGACAUCUCUGGUCACUUCUACUUGGACUGGCUCAUACACUAGUCGUACAUCAUACACUACAGAUGGAACCGUCAUUGUGAAGGACGACGUUCCUAUUCCAACUAGAACCACCACUAUCACUACUGGUUCCCAGUCAGUCACCAUUACAUAUACCACUACACCAGGUGGUACUGCGUUAGUUGAAAUUGAUGUUCCAUUCUCCACUUCUACUACUGUUGGACCACACUCUGGUACUACUACCGUGACUGAGAGCGGAACUACGUAUGUUAGAGUCACUGAUGUUCUUUCGACUUCGACUACUGUUGGACCUCAAUCUGGUACUGAGACUGUUACUGAGAGUGGAACCACAUACGUGAGAGUCACUGAUGUUCUUCUGACUUCGACUACUGUUGGACCACACUCUGGUACAACUACCGUGACUGAGAGCGGAACUACGUAUGUUAGAGUCACUGAUGUUCUUUCGACCUCGACUACUCUUGGACCUCAAUCUGGUACUGAGACUGUUACUGAGAGCGGAACUACGUAUGUUAGAGUCACUGAUGUUCUCUCGACCUCCACUACUGUUGGACCACACUCUGGUACUGAGACUGUUACUGAGAGCGGAACUACGUAUGUUAGAGUCACUGAUGUUCUUUCGACUUCGACUACUGUUGGACCUCAAUCUGGUACUGAGACUGUUACUGUGAGCGGAACUACGUAUGUUAGAGUCACUGAUGUUCUUCUGACCUCCACUACUGUUGGACCACACUCUGGUACAACUACCGUGACUGAGAGCGGAACUACGUAUGUUAGAGUCACUGAUGUUCUUUCGACUUCGACUACUCUUGGACCUCAAUCUGGUACUGAGACUGUUACUGAGAGCGGAACUACAUACGUCAGAGUCACUGAUGUUCUUUCGACUUCGACUACUCUUGGACCUCAAUCUGGUACUGAGACUGUUACUGAGAGCGGAACUACGUAUGUUAGAGUCACUGAUGUUCUUUCGACUUCGACUACUCUUGGACCUCAAUCUGGUACUGAGACUGUUACUGAGAGCGGAACUACGUAUGUUAGAGUCACUGAUAUUCUUCUGACUUCGACUACUGUUGGACCACACUCUGGUACAACUACCGUGACUGAGAGCGGAACUACAUACGUCAGAGUCACUGAUGUUCUUUCGACUUCGACUACUGUUGGACCUCAAUCUGGUACUGAGACUGUUACUGAGAGCGGAACUACGUAUGUUAGAGUCACUGAUGUUCUUCUGACUUCGACUACUGUUGGACCACACUCUGGUACAACUACCGUGACUGAGAGCGGAACUACAUACGUCAGAGUCACUGAUGUUCUUUCGACUUCGACUACUGUUGGACCUCAAUCUGGUACUGAGACUGUUACUGAGAGCGGAACUACGUAUGUUAGAGUCACUGAUGUACUUUCUACAUCAACCACUCUUGGACCUCAAUCUGGUACUGAGACUGUUACUGAGAGCGGAACUACAUACGUCAGAGUCACUGAUGUUCUUUCGACUUCGACUACUGUUGGACCUCAAUCUGGUACUGAGACUGUUACUGAGAGCGGAACUACGUAUGUUAGAGUCACUGAUGUUCUUUCGACUUCGACUACUGUUGGACCUCAAUCUGGUACUGAGACUGUUACUGAGAGCGGAACUACGUAUGUUAGAGUCACUGAUGUUCUCUCGACCUCCACUACUGUUGGACCUCAAUCUGGUACUGAGACUGUUACUGAGAGCGGAACUACGUAUGUUAGAGUCACUGAUGUACUUUCUACAUCAACCACUCUUGGACCUCAAUCUGGUACUGAGACUGUUACUGAGAGCGGAACUACAUACGUCAGAGUCACUGAUGUUCUUUCGACUUCGACUACUCUUGGACCUCAAUCUGGUACUGAGACUGUUACUGAGAGCGGAACUACAUACGUCAGAGUCACUGAUGUUCUUUCGACUUCGACUACUCUUGGACCUCAAUCUGGUACUGAGACUGUUACUGAGAGCGGAACUACAUACGUCAGAGUCACUGAUGUUCUUUCGACUUCGACUACUCUUGGACCUCAAUCUGGUACUGAGACUGUUACUGAGAGCGGAACUACAUACGUCAGAGUCACUGAUGUUCUUUCGACUUCGACUACUCUUGGACCUCAAUCUGGUACUGAGACUGUUACUGAGAGCGGAACUACGUAUGUUAGAGUCACUGAUGUUCUUUCGACUUCGACUACUCUUGGACCUCAAUCUGGUACUGAGACUGUUACUGAGAGCGGAACUACAUACGUCAGAGUCACUGAUGUUCUUCUGACUUCGACUACUGUUGGACCACACUCUGGUACAACUACCGUGACUGAGAGCGGAACUACAUACGUCAGAGUCACUGAUGUUCUUUCGACUUCGACUACUCUUGGACCUCAAUCUGGUACUGAGACUGUUACUGAGAGCGGAACUACAUACGUCAGAGUCACUGAUGUUCUUCUGACUUCGACUACUGUUGGACCACACUCUGGUACAACUACCGUGACUGAGAGCGGAACUACAUACGUCAGAGUCACUGAUGUUCUUUCGACUUCGACUACUGUUGGACCUCAAUCUGGUACUGAGACUGUUACUGAGAGCGGAACUACGUAUGUUAGAGUCACUGAUGUACUUUCUACAUCAACCACUCUUGGACCUCAAUCUGGUACUGAGACUGUUACUGAGAGCGGAACUACGUAUGUUAGAGUCACUGAUGUUCUUUCGACUUCCACUACCACUGGACCAGUCGAGGGUACCACUACCACUACUGCUAGCGACACUACCUACGUGAUUGUCACUGAGACUCCACUGCUGUCUGUUGUUCUCUCGACUUCGACUACCACUGGACCAGUCGAGGGUACCACUACCACUACUGCUAGCGACACUACCUACGUGAUUGUUACUGAGACUCCACUGCUGUCUGUUGUUCUCUCGACCUCCACUACUGUUGGACCACACUCUGGUACUACUACCGUGACUGAGAGCGGAACUACGUAUGUUAGAGUCACUGAUGUUCUUUCGACUUCGACUACUGUUGGACCUCAAUCUGGUACUGAGACUGUUACUGAGAGCGGAACUACGUAUGUUAGAGUCACUGAUGUUCUCUCGACCUCCACUACUGUUGGACCUCAAUCUGGUACUGAGACUGUUACUGAGAGCGGAACUACGUAUGUUAGAGUCACUGAUGUACUUUCUACAUCAACCACUCUUGGACCUCAAUCUGGUACUGAGACUGUUACUGAGAGCGGAACUACAUACGUCAGAGUCACUGAUGUUCUUUCGACUUCGACUACUCUUGGACCUCAAUCUGGUACUGAGACUGUUACUGAGAGCGGAACUACAUACGUCAGAGUCACUGAUGUUCUUUCGACUUCGACUACUGUUGGACCUCAAUCUGGUACUGAGACUGUUACUGAGAGCGGAACUACGUAUGUUAGAGUCACUGAUGUUCUUUCGACUUCGACUACUGUUGGACCACACUCUGGUACUACUACCGUGACUGAGAGCGGAACUACGUAUGUUAGAGUCACUGAUGUUCUUUCGACUUCGACUACUGUUGGACCUCAAUCUGGUACUGAGACUGUUACUGAGAGUGGAACCACAUACGUGAGAGUCACUGAUGUUCUUCUGACUUCGACUACUGUUGGACCACACUCUGGUACAACUACCGUGACUGAGAGCGGAACUACGUAUGUUAGAGUCACUGAUGUUCUUUCGACCUCGACUACUCUUGGACCUCAAUCUGGUACUGAGACUGUUACUGAGAGCGGAACUACGUAUGUUAGAGUCACUGAUGUUCUCUCGACCUCCACUACUGUUGGACCACACUCUGGUACUGAGACUGUUACUGAGAGCGGAACUACGUAUGUUAGAGUCACUGAUGUUCUUUCGACUUCGACUACUGUUGGACCUCAAUCUGGUACUGAGACUGUUACUGUGAGCGGAACUACGUAUGUUAGAGUCACUGAUGUUCUUCUGACCUCCACUACUGUUGGACCACACUCUGGUACAACUACCGUGACUGAGAGCGGAACUACGUAUGUUAGAGUCACUGAUGUUCUUUCGACUUCGACUACUCUUGGACCUCAAUCUGGUACUGAGACUGUUACUGAGAGCGGAACUACAUACGUCAGAGUCACUGAUGUUCUUUCGACUUCGACUACUCUUGGACCUCAAUCUGGUACUGAGACUGUUACUGAGAGCGGAACUACAUACGUCAGAGUCACUGAUGUUCUUUCGACUUCGACUACUCUUGGACCUCAAUCUGGUACUGAGACUGUUACUGAGAGCGGAACUACGUAUGUUAGAGUCACUGAUGUUCUUUCGACUUCGACUACUCUUGGACCUCAAUCUGGUACUGAGACUGUUACUGAGAGCGGAACUACGUAUGUUAGAGUCACUGAUAUUCUUCUGACUUCGACUACUGUUGGACCACACUCUGGUACAACUACCGUGACUGAGAGCGGAACUACAUACGUCAGAGUCACUGAUGUUCUUUCGACUUCGACUACUGUUGGACCUCAAUCUGGUACUGAGACUGUUACUGAGAGCGGAACUACAUACGUCAGAGUCACUGAUGUUCUUUCGACUUCGACUACUCUUGGACCUCAAUCUGGUACUGAGACUGUUACUGAGAGCGGAACUACAUACGUCAGAGUCACUGAUGUUCUUUCGACUUCGACUACUCUUGGACCUCAAUCUGGUACUGAGACUGUUACUGAGAGCGGAACUACAUACGUCAGAGUCACUGAUGUUCUUUCGACUUCGACUACUCUUGGACCUCAAUCUGGUACUGAGACUGUUACUGAGAGCGGAACUACGUAUGUUAGAGUCACUGAUGUUCUUUCGACUUCGACUACUCUUGGACCUCAAUCUGGUACUGAGACUGUUACUGAGAGCGGAACUACGUAUGUUAGAGUCACUGAUAUUCUUCUGACUUCGACUACUGUUGGACCACACUCUGGUACAACUACCGUGACUGAGAGCGGAACUACAUACGUCAGAGUCACUGAUGUUCUUUCGACUUCGACUACUGUUGGACCUCAAUCUGGUACUGAGACUGUUACUGAGAGCGGAACUACGUAUGUUAGAGUCACUGAUGUUCUUCUGACUUCGACUACUGUUGGACCACACUCUGGUACAACUACCGUGACUGAGAGCGGAACUACAUACGUCAGAGUCACUGAUGUUCUUUCGACUUCGACUACUGUUGGACCUCAAUCUGGUACUGAGACUGUUACUGAGAGCGGAACUACGUAUGUUAGAGUCACUGAUGUACUUUCUACAUCAACCACUCUUGGACCUCAAUCUGGUACUGAGACUGUUACUGAGAGCGGAACUACAUACGUCAGAGUCACUGAUGUUCUUUCGACUUCGACUACUCUUGGACCUCAAUCUGGUACUGAGACUGUUACUGAGAGCGGAACUACGUAUGUUAGAGUCACUGAUGUACUUUCUACAUCAACCACUCUUGGACCUCAAUCUGGUACUGAGACUGUUACUGUGAGCGGAACUACGUAUGUUAGAGUCACUGAUGUUCUUCUGACCUCCACUACUGUUGGACCACACUCUGGUACAACUACCGUGACUGAGAGCGGAACUACGUAUGUUAGAGUCACUGAUGUUCUUUCGACUUCGACUACUCUUGGACCUCAAUCUGGUACUGAGACUGUUACUGAGAGCGGAACUACAUACGUCAGAGUCACUGAUGUUCUUCUGACUUCGACUACUGUUGGACCACACUCUGGUACAACUACCGUGACUGAGAGCGGAACUACAUACGUCAGAGUCACUGAUGUUCUUUCGACUUCGACUACUGUUGGACCUCAAUCUGGUACUGAGACUGUUACUGAGAGCGGAACUACGUAUGUUAGAGUCACUGAUGUUCUUUCGACUUCGACUACUGUUGGACCACACUCUGGUACUACUACCGUGACUGAGAGCGGAACUACGUAUGUUAGAGUCACUGAUGUUCUUUCGACUUCGACUACUGUUGGACCUCAAUCUGGUACUGAGACUGUUACUGAGAGCGGAACUACAUACGUCAGAGUCACUGAUGUUCUUUCGACUUCGACUACUCUUGGACCUCAAUCUGGUACUGAGACUGUUACUGAGAGCGGAACUACGUAUGUUAGAGUCACUGAUGUUCUUUCGACUUCCACUACCACUGGACCAGUCGAGGGUACCACUACCACUACUGCUAGCGACACUACCUACGUGAUUGUCACUGAGACUCCACUGCUGUCUGUUGUUCUCUCGACUUCGACUACCACUGGACCAGUCGAGGGUACCACUACCACUACUGCUAGCGACACUACCUACGUGAUUGUCACUGAGACUCCACUGCUGUCUGUUGUUCUCUCGACUUCGACUACCACUGGACCAGUCGAGGGUACCACUACCACUACUGCUAGCGACACUACCUACGUGAUUGUCACUGAGACUCCACUGCUGUCUGUUGUUCUCUCGACUUCGACUACCACUGGACCAGUCGAGGGUACCACUACCACUACUGCUAGCGACACUACCUACGUGAUUGUCACUGAGACUCCACUGCUGUCUGUUGUUCUCUCGACUUCGACUACCACUGGACCAGUCGAGGGUACCACUACCACUACUGCUAGCGACACUACCUACGUUAUUAUCACUGAGACGCUUUCCUCUUUGAGUCAGCUUCUGUUCACAAAUUCUUGGGGAUGGAACACGUCGUACGUACCGCCAAAUUCAGAGUCGAGCAAAUCCUUGACGAUGCACAGUUCGGAUAUCUUAACUGAUUCAUCAAAGACUGAAACUGGAAGCAGUACACUUAGUGUUGAUAACGAUUCAACUCUGUCUGCAAUACCCGAGGAACUGACAAGUAUUGUUUCUAACACUAGCAGUGCAACCGAGACUUCUUGUACGGAAUGUACUCAGAGUAUAUCGUCUAAGACUGAGACAUCCAAGAUUUCCUCUAUCUCCGCUGCAACCGAAACUGUUAAUUCCAACACUGGUGCAUCCAACACUGGUGCAUCUGAGACUAGAAACUCCAACACCGCUUCCAACACUAGUGCAUCUAACACUGGUGCAUCUAACACUGGUGCAUCCAACACUGGCGCAUCUGAGACUGGAAACUCCAACACCGCUUCCAACACUAGUGCAUCUAACACUGGUGCAUCCAACACUGGUGCAUCCAACACUGGUGCAUCCAACACUGGCGCAUCUGAGACUAGAAACUCCAACACCGCUUCCAACACUAGUGCAUCUAACACUGGUGCAUCCAACACUGGUGCAUCCAACACUGGCGCAUCUGAGACUAGAAACUCCAACACUGGCGCAUCUGAGACUAGAAACUCCAACACCGCUUCCAACACUAGUGCAUCUAACACUGGUGCAUCUAACACUGGUGCAUCCAACACUGGCGCAUCUGAGACUGGAAACUCCAACACCGCUUCCAACACCGCUUCCAACACCGCUUCCAACACCGCUUCCAACACCGCUUCCAACACCGCUUCCAACACCGCUUCCAACACCGCUUCCAACACUGGUGCAUCCAACACUGGUGCAUCUGAGACUGGAAACUCCAACACCGCUUCCAACACUGGUGCAUCCAACACUGGAACUUCGAAUAUUGAUUCCACUGUGACCAGUCCUUGUCCCGAAUGUACUGUUAGCGGAAAGGUAACUUUGGAAAGCACUGUGAGCGAGACGAAUAGGGCAGUCGAUUCACUUGAGACUACGGAUGGCACCUUUUCUACUAGGUCAACUACCAAUGAACAAACCAAGGUUAAGACGCUGGAAAGAUCAGAGCCAACUGUAAAUGGAAGCAUUGUGUCUCUGGCAGCCAAGGGCCGUCAAACUGAAACCAAAUCUGAAGAUCUAACUGGCACAAACUCAGUGAAGAGCAAAACUACCGGGGUUCCGGAAACUGUGGAGGCCAGUAAGCCAGAUCACACGACCUCUACUGACACUGCAAAAUUCGAUUCUCUGACAUUCCCAGUGUAUUCGCGGACAACUAUCUAUACGACUAGUGGAACAUGGCAAGCUGUGACGGUCCCCGGUGAGCAUUCUGCAACCACUGCUAUCUCCUCGGUUGCUGAAGAAGGAUCAAGUUUUGCUUCUCCAACUGUGACUUACGCUGGGUUUGCUCCUAAAACAACCAAAAUUUCUAUUGUGGCUAUUAUCUUAUCGGUCUUUGUCUUACUCUAG